AUCAACUUAACGUCGUUACUUUACAACCGUCAAAAACGACUUCUCUCACUCUUAAGACCAACACCAAAAACCAGAAUCAGAAUCUCUCCCCUUUUCCCUUCUCCUUCUCCCUCUCUCUCUUCUGUGGCGCUUUCUCAGUUACAGUUUCAUCAGAAAAGUAUUUGGUCUUUGGGAGGAUGCGAUUGGUUCUACUGGCUCUAUCUUUCUGGUUAAGGGGCAAACAACUUUGUCCUGGUAGCUGAACAUUUAAGCUGGUGUAUGCGCAAAUAUGGGAGCCGCUUGUUGCGUUGCUACUAGGGACAGAACCAUACAGCAUGGAUCUAGUGGUGAAUUUCUGCAUAGAAAUUUUAGGCAUUCUCCGACUUGGAGUUUUCGUUGGGAUAGUAGAGUUGGGGUAGCUGGUGAAGAAACUCCAGUAGGCUGGUUAUCUGAUGUGGCCAGCAGGAAUGAUGCCAUUGACGUGAAAUCUGCAACUGAUGUAUCAGCACAGGUGUCAGAUGGAGGUAGUUCAUUGGAGAGUUAUCGAACGGGUGCAUGCCGUAAGUCUCAAGUUAAUCAGGAUAUGACUAAGAGCCUUAAAACAUCUGCAUCAGGUCAAUCUGCCGGGAAGAAUGUCUGUACCGAGCCAACCGAGGUGGAACAAUAUACAGAAUCUCCACAAGUUUCAGACCCUGCUUCUGUUAAAUUAUCACCCUCGGUUCAUACAUCUUCUUGCGCAUCACCUGUCUCAUCCCAAAGUCAUCCACCUCCACCAACACCAACCCCAUCUGGCUGGGCCAGAGGCUCACCAGCUCACCCGCUUGCCCAUCAGACAUUCGAUAACCACAGUUCUGGGAGAAAUUCACCAAGCAUGCAAUCUGUUUCUGAAGAAGGGCCGGUGCCGAAUGGUAACUCUGCUGCAAGCAAUGUGUCAACCCGGGGAUCCUACGGAAGGUCUUCUGAUGGUUGGUCAGCUCAUGCCUUCUCAGAACUUAUGUCUGCAUCACAAAGAGAACGGUGGUCAUUUGAUAGUGACUCCUGCAGCUUUACUCGUGACAAAUCAUGUAGAACAACAAAUGGUCAUAAUUCCCGGUCAAUUUCCGUGGAUUUUCAAACGUGCGGGAUUUGCUCCAAGCUCCUCUCCGAGAAAUCACCGUGGAGCACCCAUAAAUUUGUUGCGGGUAACGAACUAUCCGUUGUUGCUGUUUUGAUAUGCGGGCAUGUGUACCAUGCUGAGUGUUUGGAAACCAUAACACCCGAAAUCAGUAAAUAUGAUCCUUCCUGUCCGGUUUGUACAUUCGGGGAGAAGCAAACUCUGAAAUUGACUGGAAAAAUGCUCAAGGCAGAAAAAGAUUUAAAAGCUAGAAGUAGCAAGAAGUCAAGGAACCGGGUUGUAGAUACCAAUGCCUCUUUUGAUUUUGAUUAUUGGAAGAGAAGCGUUAGUGCACAUGAAGGGAAAAGUCCCAAGCUUGGUAACAGCUCUAGCUUGAAGAUUUCUGCCGCAAAGCCUUUUCUCAAGCGACAUUUCUCGUUCGGGUCAAGGGGAAACAAAUCUGCUUCGGAAAGCCCAUCACUUAGGAAAAAGGGAUUGUUCUGGGCAAAGUCAAGUAGGGAAUAAGCUCCACUAAUCCGGUUUGAAACAAUGGAGGUGACUGGUUUUCUGUGUGAGUUUGUUACACUCUGUAACAUGAUGACCGAUUUGGCGACGCAAUACGUAAAGGAAUUGAAGCAAGAAGAGUUCAAGUAUGUUUAGAUCCCAAAUUGAUUUAAUACAUUUUCUAUGACAUUGUAAAGAAGAAAAUAUAGGAUAUAAAAUACUCCUCAAGAUAGGAAGUUAUAGGUAGGUAAAUCCAAGGGGGCAAGUGAUUUGCGAGGAUUUUGAUUUUUAUUCAUGUGUUUUAUGUACAUUUAAAUUUGUUUGAUGCAAGAAUUCAAGUAUGUUUCGAAAGAAAUACUCUUUCUUUUCACCAAAGCCAUCUGAUGGACUUUGUUACAA